CUUUAGGGGAGGUUGAUUUCUCUGACUGUCACAGAGUUACACGGAUUAUCUGAAUUCAUAGAAUCAGCCGGGAUAACGAAUCUCCGAUCCAUCAGAUUCAUCAUGCCAUAGUGGACCGCUACUAAUCCGGCCAUAUGCAUCGUCGGUGGGUACCGGUCGCAAUGCCUCAGAGCACGGGAUAUAUCUCCGGAGAGCAUGCCAAACUGAUCCAUGCGUGUUCCGAUACGUUGAGGCGAUACUGUGAAAGUCUGUGGUACUCAGGACUUGAAUACAAACGCCCAACGGACGAGGAGAUACUAGCAAAGUGCGGAAUCUUGUUCUACAAAAAACCGGUCCCCACGAACAUCAUGUUUGCAUUUAGCUACCAGAUGGACAAUCUGUUUGCCAUGAGCAAGAAACUACUCACAAGGUUGCUGAAAACUCUUCGACAGCCUACGACCGGUUUCGCCCUUCCACUUUGGGCUCAUCAGGUCAUUCACACAAUUCGAAGCAUAAUGGACUGGUUGGAUGCAACCGAGAAUCGAGUGUUUCAAGUGAUGUCUAUUUAUGAAAUGCAUACACAGAUACCUAACUUUAUAAGCACAAUAUCCGAAAAUUUAAAGGCCCUUCGAAUCUGCGGCAAAUUACUUCAUCAUCUUGGUUCAAUCUAUCAUCGUGUUCGACCUCUGAAAAGGCAGGAGAGCAUGAAAGUGCGCGCCCUCACAGACUACCGUCUCCAUUCUUCUACUUUCAGACUUCGGGAGAAUGAGUCCUACACUGUGUGCAGCAAUUUGAAUCCACACGCCUGGCAGAUUACGGGAGUUAACCGAUUGGUUCCCUCACUGUUUUUGGAAGUUUCAACGGAUCAUGGAGAACUGAAGAUGUUGAACAAACUACAAGAACGCUUUGACGAGUUCUUGACCAUGUGUCACGGACGAUCGCGCCGCCAGCUGCGCUACAGACUUUCAAGGCAGUUGCAAAAGGAAAAGAGAAGUGCUACUUUUCCUACUCUGGAAGUUUCGAAAACCCCUCCAACAUCCCCAGCACCAUCAGAUGGCCUGUACUUUGCUCGAUCUCCGGAGUCUACACGGCGGUGGAGAACCAUGGAUGAUCCGAAGGUAAUCUACCGUCAACCAGCAUUUUCCUAUCCACCGGGGGACGUUGCAUCUCCCGACACUGUUCACAACAUGAUGUCUCGCCUUCGGCGAUGGCUAGAAUUGCUACCCUCUCCAUCACAGCUGAUGGCACGUGCAAGAGAUUCGACACUCCCGUUCAUGGGACAACAAGCCAUGGAUGACAGUCUUUCACCCGACGAGUUGUUAGAAGAAAUUCGAAGUUGGUGGUCUGCGGCCAGUCUCUUCGUUUCAGAUCCCUAUGAACUUGACAGAAUUGUGAAUGAGGCACUUUUUCUCAAGUUCAGCUUUCGUUGGACUCAAAAAUCGAUCGACCGAUCCCCAUCUCCACACGCCAAAUCAGUAACAGGCACACCAUUAUUCGACCGCGUUUCGAAAACACAAGAAGUCAACUCAAUCACACAUGUAUAAGGUCUUUGUAUCAAAUUUUAUGAAUAACAGUUGAACAUCUUGGCUAUAGCCCAAAGUGUUUGUCAGCGCUGCAAUCAUCAAUAAGGUAAUCGAUGGAUAAAUAUACAUAUAUACGUG